AUGAGGCUCAACAAAGUCUCCCCCAAGAUGCACAGGUUGCCCUCCAGCAAGUCGAUAAUUGCCUUUGGCCGCCCGGUUAAAAACACCAAGAAGUUCGAAGAGGGCAUUUUCUCUGAUCUUCGCAACCUCAAAUCCGGGACCGAUGCGUCCCUCGAGGAACCGAAGAGCGCCUUUUUAGACUUUCUUUAUAAGAAUAACUGUAUUCGAACCCAGAAAAAACAAAAGGUGUUCUACUGGUACAGUGUACCUCACGAUCGGCUCUUCCUUGACGCAUUGGAGCGGGAUUUGAAGCGUGAAAAGAUGGGUCAGGAAGCAACUACUGUGGCGGUCAAUGAGCCUGCCCUGUCCUUCGAAUUCGAUUCAUCACAGUCUCUCUUUGAGCAACUCACAAAGGCCCAACAAGCGAAUUCGUCUUCAUUCUCUGCCCACGCCAGCACAACCUUCUCUCACUCUACUUCUCCUAUGGGUAGAGCCACCGAUUCUAUGCCACCACCCCAACUUCCCCCAUCAAUGCCAGUUCUUCAAGAGGACACCAGCAACCAGGGUAUGUACAAUUCAGUGGGGAUGCCCAAUAACUCGAUGAACAACGGUAUGAGCAAAUCCGAACAGGACAUGAGUCAUUUUAACUACGAUCGACACGGCACGCCAGUCUCGAGAAUUCACCAGCGCCAUACUUCCAUGCCGACGUUUAUGGAGUAUUCGCCGGCCCCGUCUAUCACUAAUGCCAUUGCAGCGGCAACGGGACAUGCCCAGCAGCAUUCUAACCCGUCCCACGGCCACUCCCAUGCCCAUGCUUAUUCUGUGACCCAACCAAGUGAGCUUCGCCGUUCCAUGUCCAGCUCUGUCCCGGCAGUUAUGGAAGGGGAGGAGUCAAACGUCGACUCGCCUCCAGGCCUAACCAAUAGUUUCACAUCUACCGUUGUGAACCAAAAGGAUCUGCUGCAUGAAAUAUCUCGCACGGGUACUCCACUGCCAAGUUUGGAGGAAAGCCCCCGCGAACACCAGGUGUCUAUGAUCCAAGGCCCCGAUGAGCUGUCAUCGUUACCUAGCGGCGACCAACUUGGUAAGUCUGUUGCCGCGAACUCAGCCAAUUGGAAGCCGGAUCGGCCAGGCCCCGUUCGUCGCGCCCGCAGUGCUACCAUGAUGGAGCUUGGCCCUUAUCCUCAGAAAUCACAUUCAUGCCCCAUCCCGUCAUGUGGUAGGUUGUUCAAGAGACUCGAGCAUCUGAAACGACACGUAAGGACCCACACUCAAGAACGCCCCUACCCGUGCCCAUACUGCAACAGGGCCUUUUCACGGUCGGACAAUCUUGCCCAACACCGCCGUACCCAUGAAACCCAGCAAACCGGGCAACAGGUUGUGGCCAGCGACUCGGAUGAGGAUCGCGAGCAAGAGCACGAGGAGCACGAGCCUGCCGGGUCUUCGCCAACCUCUUCAUCUGACCCGCACAACCACAGCCACACCAUCCACAGUAGCAAUACCAAUCGUCAGCACCGUAGCAGCAGCAGCAACAACAACGACCACAACCACAACAACGGCAACAAUAACUACAUGGCGACCGGCAUAGUCAACAUGGCCAAUGUAACCUCCCUGCCGUCGUCUAUGGUCAUGCAAUCUGGCUUACCCACUAUGGUAACGCCACAGAUGAUAGCUAGAAGUGGGUUGGUUUAA